AUGAGCAGCUCCCCCCAAAACCUCCAGUCCUGCCUUGCCUCCGCAAAGGCGCAAAAAAAGGCCCUGGAAACGGUCGCUGAGACAAAUAGCCCCGCGUUCCGGGAACAGCUCAAUAAUGCUAUAUCUGCCUUUGAGCAAUGCCAGAAGCUCAUCCAGCAGCUCUCAUUGUUUAGCCCCAAUGAAUCAUUAGAAGACGUGACUACCGGAGAUUUACAGUUUCUGACAGUGCCGUAUCUUCUCGCCGAAUUACUCCAACGAUCUUAUGGUGCGGACAGGAUUAAAACCCUUCAGCAGACGCGCGAGGAAUAUGAGAAAUAUUUGGAGUCUCUUGACCAAUAUGGCCUACUUUCGCCUUCGGACAAAAAGCUCUACGAGCAGUACCUUGAGCAGCCAGACUCGUUCAGUCUUACUCCCACUAACGACGUAUCAGCUCGCAGACAGGUGAAAAUAACCAGGUUUAGGGAGGAGAAAGAGUUAAAGCAAAAAUUAGAGUACCUUUCACAAAACAAAGAUUCCCAGCAUAACGAUGAAGACAUAUCAUUGGAUAUGUUGUCGCAGGAGCUAUCAAUGCUUAAAGCGGCUCAGUCGCUACCUCCGGUCCAGAGAACAGAUGAACGCAAACCAGGGCUGUCGGAUGGGAAAGAGUCUGGUUAUUCUGACCGUCUUGAUAUGAUUGGUUCGCAGCCGGGUCGCGGUCAAUAUAGCGGAGUGCUGUUAAGCAGAGACGGGAAGCCGCUUCAACCGUUUACCCUGACUAGUCGAAGAACAGACGUUCAAAGGGGCGUGUUCCGGUCGGGCCACAACCUUCCCACGAUGAGCAUCGAUGAAUACCUGGAAGAGGAAAGGAGAAGAGGCGGAAUUAUAGAAGGUGGCGGCGAACAGUCGGGGAUUCCAAAGGAAGUUGACGAGGAUGAUUUUGAAAAAGCUGAUGAGGAGACUAUUAAGGCGAGGGCCUGGGAUGAGUUUACAGAGGCAAAUCCCAAGGGUUCUGGCAAUACUCUGAAUCGAGGCUAG